UGUGUUCUGAGUGAAGGCAGUGGCAGGGUUCGGGCUGCGCGGAGACAGGGGGUUCGGGUCUCGGUGGACGCCACCGGCCGGAGCAAGACGUCCAGAACCUAAGUCCUGACCAGUCUUCAGGACCUGGCAGCGACCGGUGGGGCCGAGGCCGGGGCGCGAGGCCCGGAGGACGGAGACUGGGACUGAGCGAGUGCCCGGGUCGGGGCGCGCCAGAUGAUGGAUUUGGAUGCCCUUCUAUGAAGCAAUGCCACGUGGUCCAAAAGCAAACAUGUCUGGGCUUCUGCCAUCUUAGGAAUCCAGGUCCUGGAGACAGCUCUCCCUUGGGGAAUCAGCUGAGGUGUGACCCAGGAACAAGAAGCAUAUCCUCACCAAUGACAUCAUGACAGCAAGAGAGCACAGCCCUCGCCAUGGUGCCAGGGCCCGUGCGAUGCAGCGGGCUUCCACCAUAGACGUGGCAGCUGACAUGGUGGGCCUCUCUCUGGCAGGAAAUAUUCAAGACCCAGACGAGCCCAUUUUAGAAUUCAGCUUAGCUUGCAGUGAGCUGCACACUCCUUCACUAGAUCGAAAACCAAAUAGUUUUGUGGCUGUGAGUGUCACCACCCCUCCGCAGGCAUUCUGGACGAAGCACGCGCAGACGGAGAUCAUUGAGGGAACCAACAACCCUAUCUUUCUCAGCAGCAUUGCCUUCUUCCAAGACUCCCUUAUCAAUCAGAUGACACAAAUCAAGCUGUCUGUGUAUGAUGUCAAAGAUAGAUCUCAGGGAACAAUGUAUUUACUGGGCUCUGGAACAUUCGUUGUCAAAGAUCUGCUCCAGGACAGGCAUCACAGAUUGCAUCUGACACUGAGGUCUGCAGAGAGUGACCGAGUAGGUAACAUAACUGUGAUCGGCUGGCAGAUGGAGGAGAAGUCAGACCAGCGGCCCCCUGUGACCCGGUCUUUGGACACUGUCAAUGGGAGGAUGGUUCUGCCUGUUGAUGAGAGCUUGACUGAGGCACUGGGGAUCCGGUCCAAAUAUGCUUCUUUGCGAAAAGACACCUUGCUGAAAUCAGUAUUCGGUGGUGCCAUCUGCCGCAUGUACCGGUUCCCAACCACUGAUGGCAACCACCUCCGGAUCCUGGAGCAGAUGGCAGAGAGCGUCCUCUCCUUGCACGUGCCUCGGCAGUUUGUGAAGCUGCUGCUGGAGGAAGAUGCAGCCAGAGUAUGUGAGCUGGAAGAGUUGGGGGAGCUGUCCCCUUGCUGGGAGAGCCUCCGGCGGCAAAUUGUCACCCAGUAUCAGACAAUCAUCCUCACCUACCAGGAAAAUCUGACUGACCUCCAUCAGUACAAAGGUCCUUCAUUUAAAGCAAGCAGUUUGAAAGCAGAUAAAAAGUUAGAAUUUGUUCCCACAAACCUGCACAUACAACGGAUGAGAGUUCAAGAUGAUGGAGGCUCAGAUCAGAACUAUGAUGUUGUCACUAUUGGAGCCCCAGCAGCGCAUUGCCAAGGUUUUAAGUCAGGAGGUCUUCGAAAAAAGCUGCACAAGUUUGAAGAGACCAAGAAACACAGUUUUGAGGAGUGUUGUACAUCAUCUAGCUGCCAGUCCAUAAUCUACAUACCACAGGACAUCAUCCGAGCCAAGGAGAUCAUUGCCCAGAUCAACACCCUGAAAACCCAAGUUAGCUACUACGCAGAACGACUCUCAAGGGCGGCCAAGGACAGGUCUGCCACUGGCCUUGAGAGGACGCUCGCCAUCUUGGCAGACAAGACCCGACAGUUGGUCACUGUCUGUGACUGUAAGCUGCUGGCCAACUCCAUCCAUGGCUUGAACGCAGCACGGCCUGACUACAUCGCUUCCAAGGCCUCCCCUACCUCUACUGAGGAGGAACAGGUGAUGCUUCGGAAUGACCAGGACACCCUCAUGGCCAGGUGGGCAGGGAGGAGCAGCCGAUCUUCCCUGCAGGUGGACUGGCAUGAGGAGGAGUGGGAGAAAGUGUGGCUGAAUGUGGACAAGAGCCUGGAGUGCAUCAUCCAGCGGGUGGACAAGCUGCUGCAGAAGGAGCGUCUUCAUGAGGAGGGCUGUGAGGAUGUUUUCCCCUGCUCAGGCACCUGCUCCAGCAAGAAAGGUAACCGGGACAGCCAAGCCUACUGGAUCAGACCGGAGGACCCCUUCUGUGACGCCCCCUCCUCGACAUGCCCCUCCUCCAUGCCCACUGCUGCAUGCCAUCCUCACCCAAACACACAUUGCAGCCCCCCUCCUGAAGAGUCCAGUCCAGGUGAGUGGAGUGAGGCCCUUUAUCCCCUGCUGACCACCCUCACAGACUGUGUGGCCAUGAUGAGCGACAAAGCCAAGAAGGCCAUGGUCUUCCUGCUCAUGCAGGACAGUGCCCCCACCAUUGCCUCAUACCUGAGCCUGCAGUACCGCCGUGACGUCGUCUUCUGCCAAACUCUGACAGCCCUCAUCUGCGGCUUUAUCAUCAAGCUGAGGAACUGCCUGCAUGAUGACGGCUUCCUGCGGCAGCUCUAUACCAUCGGACUGCUGGCCCAGUUUGAAAGCCUCCUGAGCACCUAUGGAGAGGAGUUGGCCAUGUUGGAGGACAUGAGCCUUGGAAUCAUGGACUUGAGGAACGUGACCUUUAAAGUCACCCAGGCCACUUCGAACACAUCAGCUGACAUGCUGCCAGUCAUCACAGGAAACCGUGAUGGCUUUAAUGUGCGAAUCCCCCUGCCAGGACCACUGUUUGACUCCCUGCCCCGAGAGAUCCAGAGUGGCAUGCUGCUGCGGGUGCAGCCAGUCCUCUUCAACGUGGGCAUCAAUGAGCAACAGACACUGGCUGAGAGGUUUGGAGACACAUCCUUACAAGAAGUCAUCAACAUAGAGAGUUUGGUGCGGUUAAAUUCCUACUUUGAGCAGUUCAAGGAGGUUUUGCCAGAGGACUGUCUACCUCGAUCUCGGAGUCAGACCUGCCUGCCAGAGCUGCUGCGGUUUCUAGGACAGAACGUCCAUGCACGCAAGAAUAAGAAUGUGGACAUUCUCUGGCAAGCUGCUGAGGUCUGUCGCCGCCUUAAUGGGGUCCGAUUCACCAGCUGCAAGAGUGCCAAGGACCGCACAGCCAUGUCAGUGACGCUGGAGCAGUGCCUGAUCCUGCAGCAUGAGCAUGGCAUGGCCCCGCAGGUCUUCACGCAAGCCCUGGAGUGCAUGCGCAGCAUUGGAACACGGGAGGUAGUCACCCAGAAGAACUUGAGCGGCCUGGUGCCCAUCCGAGACUUAAGGCUAGACCCCAGCCUCCUUUGCUCUAUUCCUUUAUUAGCUCUGAGCCCCAAUUUACUGAUUGUGUGGCUCUUCCUGAGCAUAGCAUACCUGGUGACCAAAUUACGCUGCAAAUAAAUGUUAUUAUGAAAAUUAAUUAGUCACAUGACAGACAAAAGUGCCCGAAUAUGUCCAGCCACCGUGUACCAAACUGGACAGAAGGAAGGUGUCAAAGCGAGGUCUGCCAAGAAAUAUCUCAUGCCUUACAGUUUGAUGUUCUGUUCUUCUGAACUGUAAAUACCUGCCAAAUUCUUUGAUCGAGAGGACUUGUUCAUUUUGAUUGUGUAGUGUCUUCAGUGCUUGUAACAUGUUCUUCUGGUGCCUGUGACUGCAUUAUUUAGCUGGCCUGGAAUUACUUGUACCAAAUAUCCGACCUUCUGAUGUAUAACUAUUUAUUACCUGUACAUCUUGUAUGCCCUGCUCCAAGAGAAAGGGAUGCUGUCUGAAAAGAGUUUGUAUAUUUGAUACUAUCCCUCAAGUGUAUCGCUAACCUUCCUUGCUUUUUGAAGAAAUCAACAAGAAAAACAUGCUUUAUCGGUUUAUCUAGAUACCCCUGUUUAGUAGGACUGGGCUUCCUACUUUCCUUUCAAAGCGUAGUCCUGGGAUUGCAAUAGCAAACAGUUUGUAGAGUCAUACUUCCUCGCUUCCAGUUAUUCCCACUUGGUGACGGCACAGCUGUGGAUACAGGAGCACAUCCACCAAGUCCAGCACACAGACUUUACAUCUUGCAUGUGACUUCAGGGUUGCUCUUAAUAUACACAGUAGCAAGAGUUACAUACUUUUUCUUGAAAUAAUUUUUUAAUUUAAAAACCGUAUAUUUUAUUCCAGAUGAAGUCUAGAUAUCUUUUUUCUUUUACUAAUACAAUAAGGUUAAUAAUGAACAAAAAAUCAAAGAAAAUGUUUUUUAAAAAAUGAAGCUUAAGUUUUGGCAGUUGUGAGAGAGCUGUGAAAAUGGGAGGUAACUGUGGGUUUGCGUGUGUCGCUCCUAAUUUUAACAUUGGCACUGCCUGUAAAAAGGACGGCUAGCCGCCCUGACUCUCCUACAUGGCAGAGAGUAAUUGUCCUUCAUGGAAUAGCCAAGUACCCUAGGGAGCGUUCCGUUCACCUUGUGUAAGGAAUAGUGACUGUCUUCUUCAUCUUCCGGUUCCUAUCUGGGUGUAUUUCUGCUUUUGAUUGCCAGUUCGAUGAAGGGGAUUGCUUUUCACGAGUGUGGUGGGAAGCCCCGAGUGACUUAGAGAAGCUGGAGUGUCUAGUAUCUUGACAUUGUCAUGCCCACAAACCCACCCACCAUAGCUCUAGCCUCUGUUUUCUCCGUGAGACGUCCUGACCAUCCCUGGAGGACUGUCUCUGCUCUGGCUUCCUCUCAGAGAGUGAGGUAGAGGAGCUUCGGAGCAGUUAGCAGUGAGCACCGCGGGUGUCUUCCCACAUGGGCAGGUCUACUUGGCUCUCCUAGUGUCAACUCGGUGACAGCUCUAUGGCAUCUCCCAGUUUAGCGCUUUAGCCAUUGGCAGCCAACAUUAAUCACCAGACAGACCUGUCCAGUCAGUGACUCUUUGAAAGGAAUGUUUGCUAGCUGCCCUUUCCCUUCAAAGCAUGUGCUUCAAGCCUUUAAGCUCAUUUUGUUUGCUCCAUUUGAGUAGGGGAAAGAGAGUCCAUAGUCUCCUUCCAUCCCCAUCUCACGGCCUCCAUUCCUUGCUCUAGGUUGAUAACCUCCUGCUAACAGGGAGGUGACUCAGGAAUGCACUGAGAUCAUAGACAGAUGAGGGCAUCUCUGGAGGUAGCUGCAGAGAUAGCAUCCUCUGUCCCUAUGGCCCAAGAUGCCCCUCGCUCUUUGCACAGACUCUUCUCAGGACCAUUGUACAGUAAGGGGAAGUAGUGGCUGGUUAGAGAAAUGCCCUCCCCAUACACACACCCAGGCAGGGAGGAGAACUGUUAGAACAUUAUGGCCUGGUAUGGUACCAGCCUUCCUCCUGUCCUAUAUAGCCUUGGCUGUUGGUUGGGUCAGGAAGGGUCCUUGUUUCCCUCUUCCAGGGGUGAGUGGACUGCAGUACACCUGCAGGCACAAGAGGCUGGCUCUGGGAGUCAACCCCACGAGGGAUUUGAGAUUUACAUUUGUUUUUUUCUUCUAUUGGGGAGGUGGGGAGACCAACUUUCAGUAUGCUUAUCCUUUAUACUGGAUUUGAAUGUCUUUAAGGCCUUUUGCUCAUGAAGUCAAGCCAAAUGUGCAUUCAGAAUCCUGUCUACAGCAAGAAAUGAGGAGAAAAGAGUAGGGAGAUAACUCGAGCUAAGCCGCUGUCAGUGUUGGGCAGCAGUGUCUGGGUUCCCUCUGAGUGAUCCUGAGCUGUGGCGUCGAGACUGCUCAGUCUGCAUCCUCUGCAGCAGCCACUUUGGAAGGAGAGAGCCAUUCUCAGGAAUUCUUGCUGAGUGGCCCCUAAGAUCUCUUCCACUUUAUAAUUCAUCUGAGGGCCCCUGUCUAGGCCAUGCCACAGCAGACACGGGGAGUGGCUUUGUGGAAGGACCAUGCCCCUGUUCUAGCACCUCUGUCUGAGGGGUACAGGAGGAAGCAGUGGCAGCCAGCCUAGCUCGUAGAACGUGCACAGGAACCUAUAGCUUCUUAGCUUCUGCUUUAAAUAGAUUUCUAUUUUUAUCUGAUUACUGAAUGUUCAGCAGAUGCUGUCUGUCAUUUGCUCUGGGUGACCCAGGGUUUGGCUCAGGUGACAUAUCCAGCCUAAGGCUUGAGGCACAAGUGACAGUAUCAGUCAACAGCAAGCGGGCGGAUGCUUCAAACCACCUGGGCUUAUCUCUUUUGAAUAAAUAUGACUGUCUCAUCAAAAUCUACUUGACAUGUUCUUAAUAAGGGGACUGUCACUUUCAUUUUGAAAGGCUUGAGCUGCUAUUUUUUAAAUGUAUGUCCUGUGAUCUUCAUAGAAUUUGAAAGACUUUUUUAAAAUCACUAUUUUCUUGGUAACUGCAAGUUUUACAUCUCAGAAGGGGGAUUUUUUUACUGAACUUGACCACUACUUGAUUUUAUUGCUGCUCUUUAAACAUUAUAAAGAUAGCAAGUUUUACCGUGUCGUGGAAAGGAAUUUAUAUUAAGAAUCAUUUUUGGCUGUUAAUUUUACGCCAUUCCAGAGCAUUGCUUAGAGAAUCUCUUGAGGUUCAUUCUGAGGCCUCCCUGACUCUUUAUCCUCUUGCUGGGCACCAUUUGUCUUGCCCCUGGGUUGCAAGGACAUCCCUCCAUCAGUGUGGCUGGGAUUUGAACUAGUAGUGAAUUCUGUAAGGGAAGAGCUCCUGUGGGCUCACAUUGGGCUCAGUAGUGCCUGUACGAGAAGUGGCCGCAAUGAAAGCAGCCCACUUAGAGAAGGUGGUCAGUGACCACCAGGAGAGAAAUGGAGACUUCACAGCCUGGUAGCCGUGCGGACGUGUUCUGCAGCCAGCGCAUGGGCCUGCAUGGGUGGGCACUUUGCACUUGCCCAGCUGCCCCUGGGGGAGGCAGAUGGCAGAGCAGCCUCCUCUGCCAGAUGUUUUUUACUACCACCUGUUGAACUCUGCAAGGAAAAUCGGCAUUUGGGGUUUGAUGUGUCACAGAUUUUGCUACCAUACAAAAGGUACCGUGUUCCAGAAACUAUGGUAAGAGUAAAAUAUCCCCAUUCAUCCAGUUUGCUGUCCAAAAACCUGCGAACCACAAGUUAUGAUAGAACCCCAGAUAACCAAACCCAAGAUACACACAAAAUCAUGUAUUUUAAAAUAAUUGUGUUUGCUUGGACACAACACCGCUUUGGACCUGCCAGCCCACGGCCGCAUCCAGCAUGUACCCAUCUCUGUGCUUUGCCCUGCUUUGUCCAGAACCAUCUGUGUGUACAUCUGUUGUAAAGGAGUCUAGCACCCAUCUGAGUUAAUCUUUUUUUUAAUGCUAUGAAAAUAAUAAGUUCAUUUCAUCUUAGUUUAAGUCUUUUAUUUUUUUUCCUUUUUUACUGCUGUCAUUUCUUGUGCUUGUUUUUUCCCCAGUGAGGGUUGUCGAAGAGAAAAUACAAUGAAGAAUGUUGGAAGUCGCAAAUAUGCAUUUAACUCCCUGCAGCUGAAGGCCUUCCCCAAGCAUUACAGGCCUCCAGAAGGGACUUACGGAAAAGUUGAGACUUGAACACACGGUUU